AUGGAGCCAGCUGACUUGGGGAACAAGACAAAAGUCAACGAGUUCAUUCUUCUUGGUCUGACAGAGAACGUAGGGCUGCAAUCAAUCCUUUUUGUUGUCUUUUUCUUUGCCUAUAUAGUCACAGUUGGGGGCAACUUCAGCAUCCUGGCUGCUAUUUUUGUGGAGUCCAAACUCCACACUCCCAUGUACUACUUCCUGGGGAACCUGUCUCUGCUGGACAUCGGGUGUAUCACAGUCACUGUUCCUCCAAUGCUGGUGUGUCUCCUGGUCCACCAUUGCAGAAUUCCCUAUGCUGCCUGCCUUUCACAGCUCUUCUUUUUCCACCUCCUGGCUGGUGUGGACUGUCACCUCUUGACAGCUAUGGCCUAUGACCGCUACCUGGCCAUCUGCCAACCCCUCACCUAUAGCACCCGCAUGAGCCAUGAGGUCCAAGGUGCCCUGGUGGGCAUCUGCUGCACCGUCUCUUUCAUCAAUGCUCUGACUCACACAGUGGCUGUGUCUGUGCUCGAUUUCUGUGGCCCAAAUGUGCUCAACCACUUCUAUUGUGACCUCCCACCUCUGUUCCAGCUCUCAUGCUCCAGUAUCCACCUCAAUGGGAAGCUGCUGUUUGUGGGAGCCACCUUCAUGGGGGUGAUCCCCAUGAUCUUCAUCUCAGUGUCCUAUGCCCAUGUCGCUGCUGCAGUACUGCGGAUCCGCUCGGCCGAGGGGAGGAAGAAGGCCUUCUCCACCUGUGGCUCCCACCUCACUGUAGUCUGCAUCUUUUAUGGAACUGGUUUCUUCAGUUACAUGCGUUUGAGCUCUGUCUCAACCUCAGAUAAGGACAAAGGGAUUGGGAUCCUUAACACUAUCCUCAGCCCCAUGCUGAACCCAGUCAUCUAUAGCCUCCGGAACCCUGAUGUACAGGGUGCCUUGAAGAGGGUGCUCACAGGGAAGAGGCCUCCAUCGUGA